GAAUCAUCGAGAUCUUUAGCUCUCAACAACUUAUCAACAUGUUUUCAUCGUCGUACCUUUUCGUCAUUAUAUUAUGGACAUCUAAGUGUUUUGCAUCCGACCUAAACCACGAUUACUUGGAACAAUUCUACUCAAUUCCGAAGGAUAAAUGCCAUACCGCUUGUCAAUUUCUUUCUCGAAUUCUUGAAGGCCGGGUAUCGUUCCCGGGUAGUACGAUAUAUGAAUAUGAGCAAUCGUAUUGGUCGCAGCAACAAGCUGAAGUACACCCCGAAUGUCGAGUGACACCAGUAUUUGCAGAGGAUGUCUCUACUACCAUGCAAGUACUUAAAUCUCAAGGAUGUCAAUUUUCCGUCAAGAGUGGUGGACAUGCAUGUUUCUCGGGUGCAUCAAAUAUUGAGAAUGCUGUCGUGAUAGACUUAAGCAAUCUUGAUCAAAUCAAAAUCUCGAGCGAUAAAACAGAAGUUUCCGUCGGGGCAGGUACACUAUGGUCCAAUCUUUAUCCGGUAACGGACGCAGUAAAAAUUGGAGUUAUAGGUGGUAGAGUGGUCGGAAUUGGAGUUGGAGGUCUGACACUUGGGGGUGGAAUAUCUUUCCACUCUGGACGGUAUGGAUUCGCUUGUGAUAAUGUUAACAACUAUCAAGUUGUUCUUGCCAAUGGCUCUAUUCACGAUGUCAAUCGAACAUCGUACCCAGAUUUGUACUGGGCUCUGAGAGGAGGUGGGAAUAAUUUUGGCAUUGUGACAAGAUUUGAUCUGGCCUCAUUCGAGCAAGGUGAUAUGUGGGGUGGGACGACAACUUCAAAUGCAACAGAACUUCCCGCUGCAAUCGAGGCACUGGCCAAUCUCAAUAUCAACCAUGCUUCUGAUCCAUUUGCUGCAGUUUUCCUGGCAUACUUCUAUUUACCUUCGAUAGGAUCAUCACUGGUCAGUUUCACAUUGGAUUAUGGGAAGCCAGUCAUCAAUCCUCCUAUUUUCCAUAAUUUUACUGAGAUACCCGCUAUAUCUGCUGAUUUGAGAAUUGCAACCCUUACGUCGUUGAUCAACGCAACAGCAGAAUCGCAACCUUCCGGGCUUAGGGAAUCAUAUUGGACAAUGACCAUAUUAAAUGAUGCCGAUUUAAUGAAUGAAAUAUCCAAGAUAUUCGAUCAAGAACUUCAAAACAUCAAGAAUGCUACAAAUUUAUUGCCUGCAUUGGUUUUUCAGCCAAUCUCCGAACCUAUGAUCUCACACUUUAGCAAGAAUGGCGGAAAUGCUCUUGGUAUAACGAAAGAAGAUGGUCCUUUGAUCCUAAUCAAUAUUGCGAUUCAAUGGACCGACAUCACAGAUGAUACACGAAUUAUAGCAUUCGCGCAAAACUGCGUUACCCGAUCUACUAUCUUAGCAAAAGCGCGAAAUUUAUGGCAUAAGUUUUUGUACCAAAAUUACGCCGCGCUUCAACAGAAUGUAUUUUCGAGCUAUGGGAAAGAUAAUCAUAAGAGACUGGUCGAGAUCUCAAAGAAAUAUGAUCCAGAUGGGGUAUUCGUGCGGCUGCAACCGGGAUACUUCAAAGUUUAUUAAAAUACUUCCAAGACCUACAAGUGGCAACCCACGCAAGCUUUUCUCGUUAAUUGGCAGUUUGAAAAGCGGUUGCUUCCAUUACUUUUUCAGCAACACGAUCUGUGGUUAUCGUCAUGUGUUUUCACCGGAUCAUUCUUCCUAUGGCUCUCUUUGAUUUGUCGUCGGUUGCAACGGCACUGGUGGGUUGCAGUAUACUCGAAAGACCCGAGACAGGUUACCAGCUCAAGGAAAGAGGGGUUUUGCAAAAUAUUGAGAAUUCUACAACGUAUUCCCAGGGCUUGGCCAGCUAAUAAGUCUUCAAAAAUUCAGUCUAUGAGUCGUUGCUCAGUUACGUACUUGAACCAUAUUAUUCGAAUUCCAUUACAAUCUGCUCAAUACCGAGAUUAAUCUUCCUUCGGUGAUUUCAUUCAACGCCGUUCCAAGUGGGGAAACCACGGUAUAGGGAGAAUAGGCUUAAAUGGAGCUCCAUUCUCGGGCCAAGGCAUCUUAUCAGAUAUACAUCCUUGUUGUUUGAACGAUUUAGAACCAUCUGAUAAAAAUUCUGACAUGCCAUGCGUGAAUUGCGGGAACUUCUCCCAACUUUCAACA